AUGAAUUAAAAAGCAUCGUAAAAAUAGGAGAUAAAUGAAUCAAAUACUUCUGAUUAAUAGGAUGUCCCUUUUUAAGGAUAGUUUAAAAGAAUUAUUAGCAGUCCAAUAUUAAAUCUAACAGCUGGUAUUGUUCAUGACGAGUACAAUAAUGAUUUUUAUUGGGGAACAUAAGAUGGAUCUUUAUAUAUUUUUAGGUAUAAUUAAUAUGAAAAAAUGAAAUCAUAAAAGCUAAUAAAUUUGGACAAAGAAGAUAUUUUAGCUGGAUAAGAUAAUCUUCUUUAAAAUUAGUAAAUAGAAGAUUUAAAUUAAAAAAUGUAAUUUCUUAAUAUUCUUAACGAAAAUGAUUAUGAAAGUCUAAAGGAGAAAGAUAAUCAUACUGAUGUAUUGGAAUAAGAAUUAUGUUCAAUCUCAUAGUAUCAAAAUGAAUAAAAUUCUACAAGCAAUUUUUUAAUCGGUAAUGGAAAACUUAAUUUUAAUGGAAGUUAAAUUCAAUAAGUAAAAUAGUAAAAUAAUUUACAGCCUAAUUUAGGAUUUCCAAAUUGCAGCCCUGAAGAAAAUAAAAAAUCACAUUUAAAUUAAAAUUGUAGUUAGGGAGAUUAAAGUUUUGGCAAUUUAAGUUAAUAAUAAUAAUAAAACAUAAAAAUUAAAAUGCAAGAUGAUAAUAAUAAAUUAUAAUUCUUGGAAUAGAAAAAUUAGUCAAAUUAUUCUGAUAAUUUAAAUUUUAAUGAUGCCAAUAGCAAUAAACAAAAAAAGGAUUAAAUUUUUAGUGAGUCUUUAGAAAUUGAUAAGAAUACUCUAGACUAAUCAGUUAAAUAAAAUAGCAUAUAUUAAUAAAAUAAAAUGAAUAAAAACGACAUAAAUAUUUCUGAUAAUGAGUAUAAACUUGAUUACCCUUAAGAAUUGAAUAAAUUAGAUAGAACUUAAAACAAUUUAAUAAAUUAAGAUAAAUAGAGUCAGAAAAAUUAGAAAUUUCCUUAAAAUAAUGAAGAUGUGAAAUAGAAAUAGAACAUUCAAAAAAAUUAUUAAAAUCAUUAUCAAUUUACUUAGUAUAUUAAUAAUUCAUCUACAUCGAAAUAGAAUAACUAAAAAAUUAAUAAAAGCUAGUUUAAUGGUUAAUAAAAAUCCAGUUAAUCUUUUGAAGUUCAAGACAGCUGGAUAAGUUAAUAUUGUUAAAAGAUAAAAGUUAGUGAUAAAUAGGUUUUUGAAAUAGUUGUGUUGAGAGAUGUGAUUUGUCUGUCGUUUUUUGGAAAUAUAGUUAUUGCUAUCGAAAAGAAAACUUUUUAAAAGGUUUAUUAACUGAAAGGAGACCCACUAAUAUACUAAGGGAUUUCUUUCUUAUGCAAGUCUAACCAUGACGAAAUCAUUGUAAGAUAGGAUAGUAUAAACGGAAUAGAAGUAUGGAAAAUAAAUAACUUUAAAACUGUCAAACCCAAUGUUAAAAAGCUUUUCUAAACUUCAACUUCAUACCAAGAUUAAUUUCAUGCUAUGCUAGUGAUAAAAAUUUAAUUAAUGAUUUAUGGCAAUAAUCAAGGCACAAUAAAUAUAAUCAAUUUAAAAUCAGGAAAGAUAGUUUAAAGUUUAAUUAAAAUAUUUAAAAGUCAGAUAAUUAGCUUAUCAACAAACAAAAAAUCAUAAAAAAACGAAUAAAUUCUAAUUGGAGCUGAUUCUAAAUGGAAUUUCAAGAUAUUUUCAUUACCAUAUAUGCAAACUAUUACUCAAUUUAAUGUAUUUAACUUAGGUUUCACAAUGCCAUCAUUCCACCAACAACUAAAUAUUGUGAAGGUAUUAAAUACAGAGGCUAUUUUGAUAUCUGGAAGUAGCAAAUAGGCAGUCAUUUAUGAUUGGAAAUAAAGUAAAACUAUAAAAAAUAUAAGCUAUUAAAACAGCAAUUUUUAUUCUUUUAUUAAUCUUUCAAAACAAUCCUCUAUCAUUUUAAUCAAAUAAUUAAAUUAACAAAAAACUUCUUUUCUAAUAACUGAAUGGAGUUGA